AUGGAUAACAAAGAUAAUGUCUAUAACAAUAACAAGGACCUUUCUGAUAACAAUGGUCAGAAUGUCAAGCAAUCCAAUGUGAAUCAAGAUUUGAAGAAAAGAAGAAGAUGUGAGAUUUGUUUUGGUGUUGGUCAUGAUAGGAGGAACUGUCCUCAAGGGUUUAUCCUUAUAUGUUGUUGUAAAUGUAUUUUGUUUGCAUAUUCGUAUAGAAUAAUUCUGCGUAAUUGUGUUAUACCUAAUGUUUUACGCAAACAUUCUGUUAGAAUGGUUGUUAAUAAGAUUUGCAUAAUGUUAAUGUUUUUAAUCAAUUCUGAACUGACCAAUAUGGAUGCUAAUUCUUCACAUGCUUCUGUGAAUCCGCCCACCACCACCACUCCUACUACUAAUACGAGAUCAAAUGCCAAUACAACUAGUCCGGACCAUGGAAAAGGAAAGCAAACUACAUUGGAUAAGAAUAAUCCAAUUAAAGAGAAGUUGAAGAAGGUAGCUUGGAAAAAGAUUGCAGUUUGGGCUUAUUCGGUACGCUUACCUUUCAAUGCCGUACGUGAUGAAGGUUUCCAAGAUGCGAUCAAUGCCAUUGGAGAAUAUGGAAGAGGCAUGCUGGCUCCAAGUUAUCAUAAUAUGUGGGUGACAUUGUUAAAGGACGUGUUAGAAGAUACCCACAAGUUUGUGGAUUCGUUCCGACCACAAUGGAAGAAAUUUGGAUGUAGCAUUAUGUCUGAUUUUUGGACAGAUGGCAAGCAUAGAUCUUUGAUCAAUUUUUUAGUCAAUUGUCCUACUGGUAUAGUUUUUCUAAAGUCGAUUGAUGCAUCAGAGCAUAUACAUAAUGCUGAAUAUAUUGUGAAGAAGGUAAAUGAGGUGAUAGCAGAAGUUGGAGAGGAAAACAUUGUGCAGUUUAUUACAGACAACGGUUCAAACUACAAAGCUGCAGGAAAGAUUUUGGAAGAACAACAUCCAAAAUUAUUUUGGACUCCAUGUGCAGCACAUUGUGUGAAUCUCAUUGUACAAGAUAUUGGGAAGAAAGAAGCAACAAUCGCGACCGCUUUGAAUGAAGCAAGAGCUAUUGUGGUUUAUAUUUAUAACCAUGGAAGGAUUCUCAAUAUGAUGAGAAAGUUGACAAAGAAUAGAGAGUUGCACAGGUCUUGUGUAACUAGAUUUGCUACCCAAUUUUACACCUUACAGAGUGUCCAUGAGAAUCGACACCAUCUCCAAGUUUUGUUUGUAUCUGAGCAAUGGAGAAAAAGUGACUUUGCUAAGAAAGAUCCUGGAAAGAGAGUUGUGAAGAUAGUAUCAAAGCAAUCUUUUUUGGAUGGUGUAUAUUUAGCUUGCCAAAUAUAUGCUCCAUUGGUGGAUAUUGUUCGUUUGGUUGACACAGAAGAAAGAUCGUGCAUGGGGUACAUAUAUGAUGCGAUGAGUCGAGCACAAGAUCAAAUAAGCAAAAAUCUAAAUGAUGGGAAUAAUGACAAAAAAAGACUGGCAGAUGAAAAUGAUACUUUGAGACAAGAAUUGAAUCUAUACAUUGAUUUAAGUGGACAAUUUGGAUCCCCAGCUGCUAAAAGGAGUAUGACAAAAGUUGCACCGUAUAUAUGGUGUCUUUCUUAUGGGAUAGAUACACCUAUCUUACGAAAGUUUGCUAUCACAGUUCUUAGUCAAACUUGUAGUGCUUCACCUUGUGAACGAAAUUGGAGUACAUUUGACAAUCUACAUUCUAAGAAAAGAAAUUGUCUUUUGCAACAAAAACUAAAUGAACUUGUAUUCAUCCAAUACAACACAAGGUUGCAAAAGUGCUUCAUGUCUUUACAAAACAAAUCUUUGGAUCCUAUUUUGCUACGAGAUGUUGAGGAGAAUGAUGAUUGGACAAUACCAACGGAAGAUGAGCUUCAAGACUUUGUGGAUGGUGGUGAUGACCUUCUUUGGUCAGAUGUGCAAGAAGCAAUGGGAGCGAAUGUAGACGCUCAACCAUCUUGA